AAUGCGGAAGUGAAAUUACGAGUGGAUUAGUUUGUUUGUGACCACUAUUCUUUCCUCGUGGAGGAAACGACCAGCUGAAUAGCCAACUCGUUAUCAGUCACCUUAAAAUGUCUAAACAACAGUCGCUUCAUGGGUUUUUAAAUGAGCGCUUAACUGCGGCUGCUGUGGAGAUUUUUGGGGCCGUUGAGAAAACGGUAGUGAAAUACCAGGAGGAGAAUGAUCGGCUACGGAGACUGCUGCGGAUCAAACCGGAGGUUAAACUAUGUAGAACAGACUCCCUGCAGCUCUCUGUCUCUGAAGAGGAGGUUCCCCCUGAGCAGCAGCAGCACUGUGAGCAGGAGUGGAGCCCCAGUCUGGGACCGAGGACCCAGAGACCAAACAGAUUAAAGAGGAACAGGAGGAAGUCAGGACCAGUCAGGAGGAAGAGCAGCUUCAAGGGCUCUUUGAUACCAAAGACUCCAUAUUCACUCCUUCCUGUGUGAAAAGUGAAUGUGAUCAGAUGGACCCAUGUCAAGAAGCCGUAGUAGCUGAACACCCAACUCUCAGUCCACUGAAAACAUCUAAACUACAGUUGUUCUGUGUGUUGUUAAAUGAAUGUUUAACGGCAUCUGCUGCUGUGGAGAUUUUUGGUGCGAUUGAGGAAACUGUAGCAGAGUACCAGGAAGAGAAUGAUCUGCUACGGAGACUGCUGCGGAGGACACCAGAGAUACAACUAUGUAGAAUAGACUCCCUGCAGCUCUCUGUCUCUGAAGAGGAGGUUCCCCCUGAGCAGCAGCACUGUGAGCAGGAGUGGAGCCCCAGUCUGGGACAGGAGGACCCAGAGACCAAACAGAUUAAAGAGGAACAGGAGGAAGUCAGGACCAGUCAGGAGGAAGAGCAGCUUCAAGGGCUCAAAGACUCCAUAUUCUCUUCUUCCUGUGUGAAAAGUGAAUGUGAUCAGGAGGACCCACUUCAGUCCUUGACUCUUCCCCAAACCCAGACUGUGGAGAACAGAGAGAGUGACUCUAAACCAGUGAAUCUCACACCUUUUGUCACUGUGACCCACAUUAAGGGUCUCAACAUUCCCUGUGACCCUCCAGAUAAUCAAAACAAUGCCUCCAGCCACAACUCAGCUGUAAGCAGCGACCCAGUAGGACUUGACAGCAGUCCACCAUUGGAUCCCAGUCCACCAUUGGUUCCCAGCCCACCAUUGGAUCCCAGCCCACCAUUGGAUCCCAGUCCACCAUUGGGUCCCAGCCCAUCAUUGGAUCCCAGUCCACCAUUGGGUCCCAGCCCACCAUUGGAUCCCAGUCCACCAUUGGGUCCCAGCCCACCAUUGGAGAAACAUUGUUCCAAACCCAGCACCACAGCUAGAAAAACUCACCACUGCCGUGACUGUGGUGCAACAUUUGCUCUGAAAGCUGACCUGCAGAGACACGUGACUCUCUUCAGUAAGAUACCCAGUGAAUGUAGUUCCUACAAUAAACACUACAACUCCACCUGUAAACUGAAGGCCCAUGUCCGACUCUGUCACAGUGGGAAACACUGCACCUGCCCUGUUUGUGGAAAGACCUUCAAACUCAAAGGAGUUCUGUCCAGGCACAUGAGGAUUCACACAGGAGAGAAACCAUUUACCUGUGGUGACUGUGGGAAAAGCUUCAAUCGCACGGAUUUCCUAACCAGGCAUAAACUGACUCACACAGGAGAGAAGCCAUUCACCUGUGGUGACUGUGGGAAAAGCUUCAAUCGGAAGGAGACCUUAACUACGCACAAACUGACUCACACCAAAGUGAAACCAUUUAACUGUGAUGAGUGUGGGAAAGGCUUCAAUCGGAUGGUGAGCCUAACCUCUCAUGAACUGACUCACACAGCAGAGAAACCAUUUAGCUGUGGUGACUGUGGGAACAGCUUCCAUCUCAAAAGGAACCUAACCAGGCAUAAAUUGACUCACACCAGAGAGAAACCAUUUAGCUGUGGUGACUGUGGGAACAGCUUCAAUCGCAAAGAUACCUUAACUACGCACAAACUGACUCACACCAGAGAGAAACAAUUUAGCUGUGAUGAGUGUGGGAAAGGCUUCAAUCGGAAGGUGAGCCUAACCACUCACAAACGGACUCACACAGCAGAGAAACCAUUCACCUGUGGUGACUGUGGGAAGAGUUUUAUUUAUAAGAGGGGCCUAAUGAGACAUAAACUGAUUCACACAGGAGAGAAACCAUUUAGCUGUGGUGACUGAGGGAAAAGUUUCAAUCGCAAGGAGACCUUAACUACACACAGCCUCACAGCAGAGAUCAACCAUUUAGCUGUGGUAACUGAGGGAAAAAAUUAAAUCGGAAACAACAUGGCUGCUCAGUCUGAUAAAAUAUGAAUUCAGAAGACUAAUCUGCUAACACGUGAAAAACAACCACAAAGAAAGUGAAUGAGGACACAGAGAGGGGACUAAGAGAGUAUUGAGAUACACCUGUGGACCAACUCUAACUGGUCCUCCUGAUCCUGCUCAGUCCAAUGUGACAGUAAUUAUAUAAUGGGACUGUUGUCUGAACCUAACAGGAGGAACAGGAUUGUGUUUCCUGGAGGUGGAGAGUUGGGGAGACCAUAGGAUGUGUAGACUGAUUAUAAAGGGCUUUGCUUGAAUAAAUACUGGCUGUGCAUUUCCUCUGGAGGGGCCACCGACCCAAA